UCAGUUUUAACAUGCAGUUUUCUUGGUGCACGCCCAACCAUGAAUUUAUCAGUUAUCAUUAUUUAGUUCAUACGAAUCAAGUGCAGGUACGUUAUAAAAUUUUUUCAACUACAAUUCACCAUGUUCUACAUGAAGCUUGCGUUGCUGUGCGUAACUUUCCACCAAUUUUUAUACACAGUGGAUUGUAAGCCAAGAGGAGGAUUUGGUUUAGGAUUAGCUGCUGGGGCGGUAACAGGAGCUGUAGUUGCACAUGAACUGAGUCAUCCACCAUAUUAUUAUGCACCUCCGCCAAUUGUGGUUGCUCCUGCAGUUGCGCCACCACCAGCGGUGGUUGUUGUCCCAGCACCUCCACCACCACCACCUCCACCCCCUCCAACUCCACCACCGCCGACACCACCACCACCACCACCACCACCACCGCCGCCGCCACCACCGCCACCGCCUCCGCUGUAUUAUCCUCCUCCACCGCCACCUCUAUAUUAUCCUCCUCCACCGCCACCACUAUAUUAUCCUCCUCCACCGCCAGCACCCUAUUAUCCUCCCCCACCUCCUCCCUUACAACCACCGCCCGCAAUUCCGCAACCACCAGUAGUUUACCCACCUCAAACACCCACACAACCUUAUACACCUGCUCCCCUGCAGCCGCCAGUUGUAACACCGGCGCCAGUGCCACAAUAUACACCGGAAGUGAUUUUACCAGCAGCAGGAACACCUUUGAUGGGACCACCUACAGCAGCACCGCCGCCUCCUCUAGCAGCGCCUCCACCAGCAGCCCCACCUCCAGCAGUUCCUCCACCACCUCCACCACCUCCAGCAGUUCCUCCACCACCUCCAGCAGUUCCUCCACCACCUCCAGCAGUUCCUCCGCCACCUCCAGCAACGCCUCCACCCGCAACACCGCCACCAGCAGUGCCCCCACCCACAGUACCACCACCAUAGGUAGGCUAAUGUGAUGUUUUCAGCAUUAAUGAGCUCAAGUUUACUUUAAGUUCGGCUAAAAUUAUUUCGAAAGCAAACCCUGAAAAAAUAAUUCAUAGAAUGCAAGAGCAUACAUUUUAAUAUUAAUGUUAUUUGAAUAAAUUAUUCAAUAAAAUAUGAAAUAUGUAGA